AUGUUGACAUCCGGCGAUACUCCUUCGAAACCAGAAUCAGUGAUAGAUGCGUCUGAAAAAACGGUUUUCAUGAAGUCCGAACCGAUCGACGAAGGAAGUACCGAGGUCAGAGGUUACGAUUUCGAUGCCGGGAUUCACUACGACGACCUGCUCAGACACAGCCUCACCACCGGCUUUCAGGCGACCAAUCUAGCGUUGGCGAUCGACGUCGUCAACGGGAUGAUUAACGCCAGACGUGAUUCCACGAACUGCCACGAAGCCCUGAGUUUCUUCGAAUACCCGUACUUCAGGCGCGAAAAGACGGGAUGUACAAUAUUUCUCGGCUAUACGUCGAACAUGAUAUCCUCCGGCGUGAGAGAAACAAUUCGCUACUUAGUACAACACGACUUGGUAGACUGUAUUGUAACAAGCGCUGGCGGCGUGGAGGAAGACCUGAUGAAAUGUUUAAGCCCUACCUUCGUUGGUGACUUUUUUCUGGAUGGCAAGGAGUUGCGAUCAAAAGGUAUCAACAGAAUUGGCAACUUGCUGGUACCGAACGACAACUACUGCAAAUUGGAGAACUGGAUUCUACCGAUCUUGGAUCAGAUGCUGAAGGAACAGAACGAACGGGAUAUCAACUGGACUCCGUCACGGCUAAUUGCAAGACUCGGUCAGGAGAUGAACCACUGUGAGUCGGUUUGCUUCUGGGCAUGGCGAAACAAAAUCCCCAUUUUUUGUCCGGCGCUUACGGAUGGCUCCUUGGGCGACAUGCUCUACUUUCAUUCGUAUAAAACCCCGGGUCUGCGGGUGGACCUGGUGGAAGACAUCCGACUGCUGAAUGACACGGCAGUGCAUUCUGUCAAAAGCGGAAUGGUGCUGUUGGGCGCUGGUGUCAUAAAGCAUCACAUCUGCAACGCGAAUCUGAUGCGAAAUGGGGCCGACUUCACGGUGUUCAUCAACACGGCACAGGAGUUCGACGGCUCGGAUGCCGGGGCACGUCCCGAUGAGGCG